AGGAAGUAACUCCUCUACAGCGCUUGUCAACACAACAUGGCUGAAAGGAGAAAGAGGCGUCCGUAAUCGGACAUAUUCAAGGGGAAACUUCUGGCUAAUUGUCAAAUAAAAUAAUCAGACUAACAUUUUUGCUUUCCUCCUUAGUGCAUCAGUUUCCCUCAUGACGAAAGAGUGAAAAUAGAGAAUGCACAAACUCGCCAAGACGACGCUGGCCCUGAACGGAGUGGCCAGAUGUCUAUUUGCAGAGAGAUGGCUCACCACCCCCAAAAGUGUUUGUCGAGGAUUUGUUUGCGCUCAGCAGAACAACAGUGAUGGUCAGGAUGAUGUAUAUGAUGUUAUUAUAUCUGGGGGAGGCAUGGUCGGAUCUGCCAUGGCUUGUUCCUUGGGCAUGGAUCCCAACCUAGAGGACAAGAGAAUUCUCCUUCUUGAAGCAGGUCAUAAGAAUGUGAUGGAUUCAGUCCCAGACACCUACAGCACCAGAGUCAGCUCCAUCAGCCCUGGUUCUGCAACCCUUCUUGCAAGUGUCGGAGCAUGGGAACACAUUACCAAUAUGAGAUGUAAGCCUUAUAAAAAGAUGCAGGUUUGGGACGCAUGCUCCGAUGCCCUGAUCAUAUUCGAUAAGGACAACCUGGAGGAUGAGAUGGCAUACAUUGUGGAGAAUGACGUAGUUGUGGCAGCCCUCACUAAACAGCUGGACAGUUUAUCUGAUAAUGUGCAAGUGAAGUACAGGUCUAAAGUGGUGAAGUACACAUGGCCAAUGCCACAUCAGGCAGUUGAGUCGAUCCCAUGGGUUCAGGUCACACUAGCCAGUGGCGAGACUCUGCAGACAAAGCUGCUUAUUGGUGCUGAUGGGCAAAACUCAAUGGUGAGGCGGGCAUUAGGAAUUCCCACAGUCAAGUGGAAUUAUGACCAGUCUGCUGUUGUUGCUGUGUUGCGCCUGUCUGAGCCCACAGAAAACAAUGUUGCAUGGCAGAGGUUCCUCCCAACUGGACCCAUAGCAAUGCUACCGCUGUCGGACUCUGAGAGCUCUUUGGUGUGGUCCACCAGCCAUCGCCUCGCGGAGGAGCUGCUGCAGCUGGACGAGGAGAGCUUUGUGGACGCAGUCAACUCUGCCUUUUGGAGUAAUGAGAACCAGUCUGACCUGGUGGAGACGGCUGGCUCUAUGUUUCGCACUGCCCUGUCAGCUCUCAUGCCUUCUGCAGGAUCCCCCCGACAGCUUCCUCCCAGUGUUGCCGCUAUAGGCCCAAAAACCCGGGUCAUGUUCCCCCUUGGCAUGGGGCAUGCAUCAGAGUAUAUCAGGCACCGUGUUGCUCUAAUUGGGGAUGCUGCCCAUCGAGUGCACCCACUGGCAGGUCAGGGAGUCAACCUGGGCUUUGGGGAUGUGGCGUGCCUCACACAUAUCCUGAGCCAAGCAGCUUUUAACGGGAAGGACUUAGGAGCUAUGCAGCACCUCCUGGAAUAUGAAACUGAGAGGCAAAGGCACAACCUGCCCAUGAUGGCUGCCAUAGACCUGAUGAAGCGCCUGUACUCCAAUGACGCUGCUCCGUUGGUGCUCCUUCGCACCUUUGGCCUGCAGGCCACCAACAUGCUCCCAACACUCAAAGAGCAGAUCAUGGCCUUUGCCAGUAAGUAAUGUGCUUCUUCAUCCAACUACUCCAACUGAAUGUAAAUAAAAUUCUAUUUUGUUCUCACUGAA